AUGGACGCCGCUUCCCACCUUGCCUCGCCUCUUCCGAGGACACCUGCAGAUGCGCUCGACCUCCUCUUCAACCUGGUGCAAGCAAUCGAGCCGGGGUGCGCUACUUCGCCGCUCGAUGACCUUCUUCCUCAAUCCUGCCGCCGAAGGCUUCUCGCCGACCCUGGGUCGCCACGGCCCCCUCCGCCUUCCUCGACCUCGCCGUCGUCUUCACCAGACAGUGGCGCACCUCCUCGACCUCCUUCCCUCUUUUUGCCUCUGGGUUCCGCUCCUUCACCGUGUGCCGACUCCGUGCCGUCGCAGGACCUCGCCGCUUGUGCCCCUCCGACGUCCUCCACCGGGCGGCGCCACUCCACCCUUGGUCCGCGCCGACGAGGCACACCUCCCGCCUCGCGCGUUGUCGGGGUGCCCGGAAACAUCCGCGUCGCCCGCUCCUCGCUCCGCCUCGCCGCGGUGACCACCUCCCUGAAGAACGCGAGCGCAUACCCUUGCAGCCAAGCUUACGCCACGCCCCGCCGCCGUGGCCGUGUGGGCCAUUCCCUCGUCAAGGUCUCUGCGGCUAGGAUCCGCCUCGGUGAGAAACGUCUCCCCCCUGCAUCUGCAAUUCUUGCAAGAAGCCCCUACCAGUUUUUGUUUCCAAAACCGGACCUCGCCGCCGGCGCCCCUCCGACGUCCUCCACCUGGCGGCGCCACCACCCCUUGGUCCGCGCCGACGAGGCACACCUCCUGCCCCCUCGCGCGUUUGCUGGGGUGCCCGGAAACGUCCGCGUCGCCCGCUCUCCGCUCCGCCUCGCCGCGGUGACCACCUCCCUGAAGAACGCGAGCGGCAUCCCCUUGCAGCCAAGCUACGCCACGUCAGCGCCAGCGUGGCCGCGUGGGCCCUUCCCGUCAGCGUCUGCGGCUAGAUCCGCCUCGGUGGUUAACAUGCUAAUGGACUCGCAAAUGGAUAUCCACAUAGAUUCGUCCCUUGUGGCUGGCCAGUACGGUUCAUGA